UGGACGCCAGUACCUAUUAGUUAACAGUUUAUGAACAUUCCAUUCCAACAAUCUUUUACGAAAUGUUGAAGGUGACGAAAAGAAGGAGAAAGAACACAUAUCGGCGUCAUUUGCGAGACUGCCUGACUGUCUUGCCUUAAGGAGGUCAAGUUUAUAAUAAUUCUGGAAAAAGAAAUGAGAUUUGAAUGAGAAACCCUAAAAUGAGACUUUAGAAACAAAAUAGUCCAUAUAAAUAGCCCUUAGAAGUUGUAGAAGACAAAAAAACUGAGAUAGAAAGGAAAGGACUAGAAAAAGCCUUUGGCUAAAUGCUUUUGUGAAACUACUAAUACAGUCUAAAAAUCUGUAGACAGCUGAAAUAUUUAGGAAAUAAACUUCUGGACAGAAUUGGAUGUUGUGAUUUGCCAUCUUCUAGACAAUAAUUUUUUUGAAAAAUUUCAUAUGUCCCCCUUAUGUCCCCUAAUUUUUAUAACAAUUACUGGUGGAUCAUGCCAAUUGAAAUCUGCCAAAUAUCACUAAAAUGUCAAAAAAACCUACACCAAAACUCCUGACUCCAGGCGAAAUAUCUAAAAAAAUAAUGUUGAAACCGAAAAAAAUAUAUACUAAAGAAUGGCUCGACAAAGACGGUCUAAACAGAGACCAACGCCUUGCGCUCUACAACGAAAAGAAAAAUAAAUUUUUGGAUUGUGCUAAAGCCUACAAUAGAAUGAACGUUGAGACUUCAAUGUGCCCCAAAGUACAGUUGAAUAGCGAUUAUGAAAGUAGGUUGAAUUUGGAUUUUUUAAAAGAAAAAGAACCAGUGGAAGAGGACUGCGAUUCAUUUUGUUGCUGCCCAAAUCGUAUUCCUGGAGCUGGAAGAGUUUUGAGGCGAAGAACACUUCGACAUAUAGAAGAAGUUGAAGAGCCCACAGUCAAAAUAUGUUCAACAGAAGCCUGGUUCAAAAGACACCUGAUUUUAAAUAAAUUUAUUUGGGCAGCAAGAACUGUUAUAAUCCAAAACAGACUUCAAAAAGUGCUCGAUAAAUUUAGAGGAUUAACACUUAAGGAUAUACGAGCAAUUGAAGAAACUAUGUCUGAAAAAACUUGUGAAGAAUACCACUGUCAUCCGGUAUUUUUAAAAUUUCUCUAGAAUAAUUAUGCUAUUUAUUAUAUACAAUAUUUUUAGUAUUAUUAAAAUUAAACGUAACAAAAUUGAACACUAAUUGGUCAAAUUAAUCAGACUUUUGUUAAAUAUCUAAAUCGUCAUCCGGAUCUUCCUCAUCCCAAUCAUCUACAGCGUCGUAUUCGUAAAUUAUUUUACCACCUCCUUCUUGCGGUUUAGGUUCAUUUGCC